AUGAGGCCUAUGCGACAGUCUAUCCGAUCUCCGUCUAAGUUCUCCUCGCUGUUGGACCUAGACUAUGAGAUGGCACCAGCGCCGACGCCUCGCUCUCUUCCGAGUAUCACUCCGCGAGAACUGGAGUCCCUCAAGUCUGGAUUUUUGUCGGAAAUCUCAUCUCUGAAAGCUACCUUGAGCGGCAAAGAUGCCGAGGUCGCCAGUUUAAAGACAGCUAUUUCAGAUGCAGAGCGACGUGUUGGUGAGGCAUUGGAGGAAGUCCGUAAUGAGGCCGGUCGCAGGGAAGCCCUGGAGAUGGAGCAAGCUGAAUGGGACCGCCGAGGAAACGAAAUGGAAAGUGUCUUGCGUUCAGUUCGGUCUGACCUAGUUGAAGGCGAACGCGAGCGCGAGCGUUUGACCCGGAGAGCCGACGAAGCGGACAAAGGCAAGGAGCAGCUAGAAGGCCGUAUUGUGGAACUAGAAAGCCAACUCUCCGCCGCGCGCUCUGCUGUAUCUUCAGGAUCAAACACCACUUCUAGCUCCCGCCAGGUCUCUCAAUCGGCAGAAGCUACUGCUCGGGAAGUGCAGGAUGCCGUGGAAAAGGUCGCUCGCGAGCUACACACCCUAUACAAGGGUAAGCACGAGACCAAGGUCGCAGCACUGAAAAAGAGCUACGAAUCUCGCUGGGAAAAGCGCCUUCGUGAAGUGGAGAAGAAGCUCGCCGCUGCAAAUGAAGAACAAAAUCGUCUACGUGGUGAACUUGAUACUGCUCAAAACGAUAACAUGGUCGAUGCCAACGCCAGCAUGAUCGCCCGUGAAUUCGAGGAGUACGAUGCCGAGAAACGGGUCUUUGAGGCUCAGAUUGAGGGCCUGCGGCAUGAAAUAGCUUCUCUGAAAGAAGACAGCGAACGCCUCCGCUCCGAUCUCGAAUCCGAGCGCGCUGAGAAGGGUGAACUUGUCGCUGCUGUCGACGAAUGGCUUGCCAUUCAACAGGCUCAGACCCAACCUGAGCCUCCUCAACACCGUGAAGAAAUUCGCGAAACUCGCGAGCAUUCCGUCUCCUCGGCCGGUGGUUAUGGUCAUGGGGAAGAAUAUCUUUCUUCCACUGAGAUCCAUCCUGCUGCCGACAAUACUCGCCGUAGCGUGAGCCGCUCUGGAUCAAGCGGUAUUCGUCCGCCUGUCACUGGUGAGAAGAGGUCUCGAUUCGGGGCGCCGGCUGGCGCUGGCCACUCUCGUGGAAACAGUGGUGGGAAGUCAGGUAUUGCGAUGUACACCCCUGGUCGGGGUGGAAUCAUGAGCUCGAUUGAGAGGAUGGGUCGUGGAGGUGUCUAG